UGUUAAAGCCACUAACCUUGAGUUUGAGCAAUGAUGGUGACGCUUACUAAAGACUGACUUUAUUACAACAUCAUUUUACUCAAGUAAGUUACAAGAAACUUUAGUGGAUAAAGAUGCUGUUUCCCACAGUGAAGUUUAAUUUCACACAGCAGACGGAGGAUUUAUCCCUCUCUCUUCAUUUGGUGCUCUUUCACCUCACUUUGACUGGCAGACAGCAGUUUCAUCAUUGUCCCCGUCUGUCUCUCUCUCUCUGUCUCUCUCUCGUCCCUGGAAUGACUUUGUAUUAAUGAGUGUGUGAUCACGAGUCCAUUGGGCUUUCAGCUCGUCUCACAGCAAACACACACACACAUGCAUUCAGUCUGUCGCUCUCACAGAUACUAUUAGCACGGCUCUGAGGUUGAAGUAGACAGCUAAAGAUAAAGUCAGCAAGAGAAAAAGCCAAAAAACGACAAACAAAGAGGAAUUAAGACAAGGUGGAAACAACCUGUAGAAAACAAACAGCAAACUCUUCUUCAAACUGAAGACCGAAGAAGAGGACGACUUCUGGAAACCUUCAAAGCCAAUCAGAGAAGCAUCCACCCACAAAAACACGACAAACACAGCAUGCAGAAGCAGUGGGUGUUUGUGGCUUUUAUAGCCCUCCUGAUUGUCACAGCGACGCUGGCAGAUGGUGGGAAAACGGAGAAACAAGGUAAGAAAGAGCGUAAAUCAGAUUGUGGCGAGUGGCAGUGGAGCGUGUGUGUGGCUAACGAGGGUGACUGUGGUCUGGGCACUAGAGAGGGCACACGCACUGGCACUGACUGUAAACAGACCAUCAAAACCCAGCGCUGCAAAAUCCCCUGCAACUGGAAAAAACAGUUUGGAGGCGAAUGCAAGUAUGACUUCCAGGAAUGGGGAGAGUGUGAUUCCACCAUGGGAAUGAAGACGCGUACCGGUGUGCUGAAGCGAGCGCUGAUGGAUGCAAACUGCCCAAAUACAGUCAGCGCCACCAAACCCUGCGGCAAACCCAAGACCAAGCUGCAAGACUCACGGAAACCAAAACGAGAUGGAAAAAAGAAGGAACGGAGCCCGACAGACUAGAGACGAGAGGAUGCGGAUCUUCUCCCUCCGGCAGAGAGACAGAGGGCGGAUUUAACUACCUUCAUGACAGGAAGAAAUGAUUUUGUUUUCUGUCUAAUAGAUGAUUUUUAAAUCUUUUAUAGUUUGCAUUUACAGCUUGCUGAAUAAUGAAUAAAAGAUAAGGAAUACAAAUGAAUGUUCUAAAAUAUUGUGCUUAACCUUCUAAUGCUGUUCCAGGCCUACAGGGUCGGACAUUUAAAUGAAGCUUCUUGUUUAAAGGGAAAAUGAUUUACUUACCCUAAUGUCAUUCCAAACCUGUAUGAGUUUCAAAAGAGAUAUUUUGAAGAAUGUUCACGCUGCUUUUUCCAUACAGCGAUGUGAAGGAAAAUGGACGCUGUGGAGCUCCGAAAAGGGCAAAAAUCAUCAUAUAAGUACCAUAAAGUAGUAUAUUCCCAGUCUUCUCUAGUCAUACAAUAGUUUUGAACUCUCUGAAAUGUAAGGUAUUUUCUCGAAAUGGUUAAGUUUGAUGUUACUGAUGUCCUACGCCGUUGAUUCUCAUGUGUGUUAUAACCAAAUACAGCGAAUCAAAUUUAAAUAUCUGAAGAACUUUAGCGAAAAGUGCCUUUUUUUGGUAUCAGUAAUUAGGUUUACACUAGUAGAAACGAUAAUUCUUGAUAUAAAAAAUGAACUGUCAAUCACUCCAGUUCAAAAUGCAAUUGUAGAUAUCUAUAAUAAUUUUUUUACUAGUUAAUGCACUUCAACAAUGCACUUCUUAGCAAAAAAUAUGCUUUUUUAUAUCAAUAAUUAAAUUUGUAAACAGAUGUCCAUUCCUGGUAUCAACAAUUGAAUUUGGUAAUUUGGUUUUCACUAAUGGCAUGGUUAAUUUCAGAGAUCUACAAUGUGAUUGUAACUACUAAGAAAGACAUUUAAGAUGUCUUUAAUUUCUCUGCAAUUUAUUGAUAGCUGAAAUCCAAUUCCAGAUAUCUGAAAUGUUUUUUUAUUUUUAUUUUUUUUAAAGAUUUACGCAUUUCAAUUUCAAAACAAAAUUCGAUCAAAUUAGACUGAGUAAUACAAAAUCAAAUAAAAACAAAUAUUUAACGUUUUAUUCAUUUAAUUUAGUUACAAAUUAAACAAUUAUACUUAAUGGAAUUUAAUGAAAUUGGAGUGCACAUCUCAAUCUUAAAAAUUGGAUAAAAUAU